AUGGUUCUAGAGAUGGCCACUACAAUCUCUCAGACCGGUCUGCCCGCGCAGACCGAUCCGCAAAACCACAACACGACAUUAGAUGAUCAGUCAAUAGCUCCCACGACCGGGGAUGUCGAAAAGCAAAGGACGGACCGCCCUAAGGAGGCGAUGGCUAAGCAAUCAGCUUUCAAGAGUCUUGGCUGGUUAGAUCGUUUUCUGGCCGUAUGGAUCUUUCUUGCUAUGGCUAUCGGAAUCAUACUGGGUAAUUUUGUUGAAAAUACGGGACCCGCUCUUCAGAAGGGGAAAUUCGUUGGGGUUUCUAUUCCGAUAGCGAUUGGUCUCCUGGUUAUGAUGUAUCCUAUUCUUUGCAAAGUACGAUACGAAUCUUUACACUAUGUCUUCCGAGAGCGGGGGAUAUGGAUUCAAAUCGGGUUCAGUAUCUUUGUUAAUUGGAUUAUUGCUCCUUUCUUGAUGCUUGCACUGGCAUGGGCUUUCCUACCGGACGAGCCAGAGCUUCGGGAGGGCUUAAUUCUCGUUGGACUGGCCAGAUGUAUUGCUAUGGUUCUUAUCUGGACCGGUCUCGCUGGUGGUGACAGUGAAUACUGUGCCAUCCUUGUUGCGAUCAACUCACUACUGCAGAUGGUGCUUUUCGCUCCCUUAGCGAUUUUCUUCAUCAAUGUUAUAAGUCAUUCGGGUAGUCAAGUCGCAAUGUCUUAUUCUACCGCUGCGAAAAGCGUGGCAGUUUUCCUUGGCAUUCCUCUAGGUGCCGCAAUCAUCACCCGCAUUACCCUGCGGAAGAUCGCCAGCCCACGUUGGUACGACCAGGUCUUCCUGAAAUGGGCUGGCCCGUGGUCACUCAUUGGACUUCUCUUCACAAUCCUUGUGUUGUUCGCAUCUCAGGGCCGCCAGGUGGUACAUCAGAUUGUGUCAGUUAUCCGAGUUGCCGCUCCUCUUAUCGUUUAUUUUAUUAUUGUCUUCUUCGUCACUCUUCUUGUGACCUACAAACUCGGGUUUGGUUACAAGUUGGCUGCUACUCAAAGUUUCACCGCUGCCAGCAACAACUUCGAGCUUGCCAUUGCUGUCGCUGUCGCAACAUUCGGCGCCAACAGCAAUCAAGCUCUUGCCUCCACUGUGGGCCCGUUGAUUGAGGUUCCGGUACUACUUGGCCUUGUCUAUGUCGUCAAGUUUAUAGCAAGGCGAGUUGGCUGGAAGGAUUGA